UUCAGAGACCCCAUAUGUGCACUAUUUAUAAAUGGAGCAAUCCGAGACGCCAAACACACAACAUCCUCCUUCAUCCUGAACGACACAAUCUCAACUGAACCAUGAGGGUGGUGAACCUGGGUCCAGAUCCUUCUCUGGCAUAUCGGCCCGAAUGUCACGAGAAAGACCAAGCAGAAUUCAGGAAUUUUGAAAGUGGAGAGCUCUUUGACCGUGUGUUUAAUACAUACAAGCUGAUGCACACAUACCAAACGCUGGACUUUGUCAAACAAAAGCACCUGGAGUGGGCGAACUGCAAUCACUUCAGCAUGGCCAUGAUGGAGAACAUCAAUUCCCUGGAUGAGCUUGUUGAUGAAUCCGACCCUGAUGUUGACUUCCCGAACUCUUUCCAUGCUUUCCAGACUGCCGAGGGAAUCCGUAAAGAGCAUCCUGAUAAAGAUUGGUUCCAGCUAGUAGGCCUGAUCCAUGACAUUGGAAAAAUCAUGGCCCUGUAUGGGGAGCCACAGUGGGCUGUAGUUGGAGACACAUUCCCAGUGGGAUGCAAGUUCCAGAAUUCAAUAGUGUUCAGAAACUCCACAUUUGAAGGCAAUCCGGAUGUGAAAAACCCUACACUCAACACAGAAUUUGGGAUCUAUAAACCACAAUGUGGGCUUGAUAAUGUCCUGAUGUCUUGGGGACAUGAUGAGUAUCUGUACCAGGUAAUGAAGUUCAACAAAUGCACCAUCCCUGAGGAGGGUCUUUACAUGAUCCGCUUCCACUCCUUCUACCCCUGGCACUCAAACGGAGACUACAUGCACUUAUGCAACGAGAAAGACCUGCAGAUGCUUCCCUGGGUCAAAGAGUUUAACAAGUUCGAUUUGUAUACAAAGAGCACUGAACUACCGGACGUGGAGAGUCUGAGGCCGUAUUAUCAGACACUCAUUGAUAAGUACUGCCCCGGGGUACUGCAGUGGUGAACGUGUACCAGAAUUCUACAUAAUUCAAGAGACUGAACAUCAUACUGUCUUAAGGGUGGACUCUUGACUUCCAAAAUAUUAAUUAUUAAUAUCCAAGACUUUAUCUUAUGUAUUCAUUGUUAUUACUAUAUUAGACUUAUAUUCAUAUAGAUUGAAGAUAAAAAUGUAAACUGUGAGGCUGUAUUUCUUUGGAAAUAAUGGCACUUGUGCCAGUGUAUAUUUUUUUAAAGUUUAUUAAAAAUAUGACAAAACAUUAAA